AUGGCAGGCCCGACUCUAAGUGCAAGCUCUCCGCCCCUCAGUGUUACGCCUGCCAAGAACCGUGGGGUGUGGAAGGGUCUUCAGAGGAAGGGCAGAGCCAGCAGAAGCAAAGAGCCAGGAGACACAGAGGGAGCAGCCAACCAGCGAGCUCUGUCCCCAUUAGAAGCAGCAGAAUCUUCAAACCUCAGAGCGAGGAAGCAGUGGAACCUAGACACUUUAGGCUCCCAUCCUCGAGAGACCUCCCAGCAGCUCUGGAGCCUUGGCACCCAGAGCAGGUGGAAGGUGGAAUUGGACAAGCUCCACAGGGAAGCUGCAGGAGACCUGGGGCAGGUCUAUUCCCAAGAUGCCUCUGCUGAUCUGAAUGAGAAACCAGGGACCUCAGCUGCAAUGCGAACCUUUCAAGACUGGAAGAAAGACAACCUCACCCGGAUUAAAGACAGGGCAAAGUCCCUCCGCCUGAAACAGCUGGAUGUGGCCAAAGCAGUCGAUCUUCUCCAUGCCUUCUUCCGCCAGUUCUUUAGCUACCUGAAUGAAUGUCCCGAGAGACCCUACUUCAGGGACGUGAGAGAACUGACAUUGGGGAGCAGCUACAAGGUAACAAGGGGAGGGAGGCUCUUGCACCCGAAUGAGUUUGACGUGCUGCUGAGCCUGCAGAUUCCAGAUUAUAUUCAGUACACUGAGGUGGAGGGGUAUGAUGGGCUCUUCUACACCCUGACUCUGCUGAGAAAGUCCCGCAGCUUUCCAGCCACCUUCCUGCUGGAGGAUGGGCAGACUGUGUCCCCAGGGAACAUCAUGGCUGAGUUCCGGCAGCACUUGGAUCAGUUCAUCAAAGUGUUCUACUCAGUGCCUCUUCCUGGAUGGCAGAUGAGGCUGGAGAGAAAAAAGCAGAACAGCCCAGCAGUGCCCCUAGUGAUGGUGAACAACCGAGGUGACACAUUCAUGUCUAUUGACCUGGUCCUUGCUCUGGAGAUCUCUGGCCAAUGGCCCAGUUCAGAUGACAAAGGGAUGGACAUCAAGCAGUUGUUGGGGGAGAAGGAUCCGUAUCUGAGGAAGACCCUCUAUUUCAUUGCUAAACAGGCCCCUGGUCAAAAUAACAAAGAGACCUGGAAAAUUUCUUUCUCUCAUGUGGAAAAGGAGAUUUUGAAAAGCCACACCAGCACCUGGAUAUGUCAGAUGACCACGUGCCGCAGGCCAGAAUGUCUGCAGAUGCUGGAAAGUCUUUUGGGAGCCCUGAAGACAGAGCACCCCUUGGAACUGGCUUCUUUGAGUUCCUACCAUGCUGAGACUUCUUUCUUUCACACGCUGCUGGAAUGGAAGGAGGACCAGGAUGGGAACCCCUCCAGUGUUGCUCACUGUUUUGAAAGGGUCUGGGUCAAUUUCAUUCAGCAGGUGGCAACCGCUUAUCUGCCUCAUUUUUUCAUUCCCAAAUGCAACCUGUUUGACCCCAAAUUCUUUCCGCCCAAUAACUUGAAGUUUCUGCUGGCGCGCUUAAGAGAGAAGCAAAAAAAGAAGCAGUCAACCACUGUGUCUCGAAAGAAGAAGGUCGGAGCCCUGCCACUGCUGGAUGCUGAUAUGAGCUGGCCCCUAAUGAUCACUGUGGGUCUGAUGGUUCUGGUGUCGAUUGGACUCUCCCACUUCGAGUCAUAA